GAAGAAAAAUGACAAGCAGGAGUGGAAACAAGCAGGAAGCCUCAACAAAAACGCACCUGAUCGGUCAUUGAAGUUCGUUUGUUUUCCUACCAUCACAUUCAGAGUCACGACAGCAUCGAGAGAAUGUAGUUUGGGAUUUUAAUAAGGACAUGCUGGAUGGUUCGUGCCGAGACACUGAAAUCACACUGAGCUUUCCGCUCUCGUCAGGUGGAUUAUUAACUGUCACUUCUUUGUCCGGGACUUCCUAGACUGUCAGAGGCUGCAGGUGAUGCGAGGCUGCGGGGGAACUCCUCUGGACGAUGGAGGACGUGAUCAUCAUCAGCUCGGACGAGUCUGAUGAGGAGCUCUUGCCUGACGCCCCGCCGCUGUCAGAUGUCCGAGUCGACAUAAAGACCGUGAACGCCACCAUGCCACCGAAUUACAUUGACCUGACAGAGCCUAGGUGGGCUUUUCCACAGCUGAAGUGCUGCAAACCCCCAGUAAUAGACUUAACAGAAGAUCACCCACAGAGGGGGUUGGACAGGGAGAGAAGAGCGACAGAGAUGCACGCGAAGAAAACAGCGACAGAGGUGCACAAGGAGAAAACAGCAACAGAGGUGGACACAAAGAAUGUAUCAGUGGAUUGUGCCACUCAGACACAAGAGGAGAGUGUAAAUGAUAUCUUAAACAAUCAAGAUUCUAACCUUCCAGAAAGCUUAUUGAGAGAUUCCCAUGAUUUUGCUCCACAGCAGGACUGUGGUAUCCAUAUUGCAAAACGGAGAAAAUUGAAUUCUCCAAUUAAGCACAAGGAGGCAAAGCAGAGCGCUGUUCCCUGCUUAGACAAACUAGCUGUAAAGUUGUCACGACUGCCUUUUCUUGAAUCUAAUGCCAUACAGAUGAGAGCAUCUGGUUAUUCUGUCCACUUAGGCGAAAGUUCCUCACAAAUGUCCCUGUGCUUUAAUAAAGUGAACAUUAACACUGAAGCAAGAGAAUGUAACAGUGAAUUCGGGACAAGAGCUGCAUCCAACGUUUCCCACGUGGAACCUUCGUUUGUUCAGUGUCUUCCUGAGGUGGCAAAAUCUGCAAUUGGACAAAACGGAAAGGAGCUUGCAAGUGAAAACGUGCAGAAAAAAGAAUCUCCUCCCCGACAAAGUCCAGUUGACUCUCUUUGCUCAGAGGAACAAUGCCCAACACAGGCCAUAGAAACUGAAUGUCCAAUUUCAACAAGUUUGCAAGAAGAAUGUGAAGGAGAUGAGACCAUAUUGAGCACGGACGUCUUCAGAGCAGUCAGCAGAGAGGACAGGCAGUUUCUCUGCCCAGUUGAACUCAAGAAAGUAAUGGCUAAAGCCUUGGCUGAUGAAGAUGAUGAAAGUUUUGGAAAUCCAGAGGUAUUCUGUCGUAAGAGCUUGAGCUUGCUGUACAUUACCAUCGAUGUGAACUACCCAGAAGGCACUUUGCAGCUGUUGUCUGACCUGCUACAGCCUGGUUACUAUCCGCCCAAAGAUGUCCUUGCCCACCUGCUCAAUGGCAUUCUGCUUGACCCACAGUGUCCCCAUCACCUCUGUGAACAGGCCUCUAAUUUGCUCAUGAAGAAUCAGAGACACCACAUGGCGACUAAAUCCACCAUCCCAUGGGAUUGGGAAUUGCUGACCUCUGUCAUGUCUAGUGAGAAGAUCCGAUGUGAGGCUGUGCUUUUGUUCCUGGAGUACGUUGUGCAGACUUUAGAAGAUGACUUUCAGGCCAAACGUUCUACUUCAGCACUUCACCAAUCAAUCGCAAAGACAACAUUGUCAUGUGAUCAGCAGUUUCCCCGGGUCAGGGAUGUCAUCAAGUGGCUGUUUUCAGCUAUUAUGAAAUCAACAGAGCCCGGAGAGGGAAAAGAAACAUCUAGAGACAGAGAUGACCAGUUAAGUCUAGUGUUCAUCUUCCAAAGGAUGUUGUUUCUAGCUCUGGAGGUGGACCGCUCUCCUGCUCUAAACUGUGGCAAGCUGGCUCAGGAGCUGUUCCACAUGCUCCUCAGCCACGCACCUCUCCGAGCAUACAGGAUGUUGUUGCUGGAGGGCCUACAGAGCAAAUUGUUGAGAUGUAAGCUGUUGGAACUUCUGCUGGACUAUGCAUGCCCACAGAAAAUCUCAGUUCCCACGUCACUCAGCCUGCUGCUGCACUUUCUGAAGCAUUGCACUUUGGCACCAGACCCCACGGAUGACACUAAGAGGUCCAAUAAAUGGGAGGAGUUGAUCCAGCUCAUCUGGAUGUUGCUGUGCAGCUAUAACACAGCAAUGAAAGGAUACCUAUUCAACUCGAACACUGAACAGCGACGCAAAGUUGGAACUUUAGUCUACAAGCCAGAAGACAAGAUCUCAAAGUCUGGUGUUCAGGAAGCUGUGGAGGCCUUUAUGUCCAGAUCCCAGAUGGACCUCGGCCAAGCUUUACCUGAUGAUGUUCAAGAAUCUCUAACUUAUUUACAGGAUCAUCUGCUAGAUGCCUGUCAGUGUUGAGAUAAAAAAUGACUUUGUUGUGUUUUUUAAAGUUAUUACCUGAAAUUUUGUAUUAAUCUACAGUUUAUAUAUUGUUGUGUCCAUGUUUAUAAUUAUAAAAAAUGUUUUAUAAUAAGAUAUUAAAUUAAUUUUAAUCACCUUUUAUCCAAAGAAGGAUCUGCAUUCUUUUGCCAUAUAGUCUUCUCUCCAAUACAAAUAUCUAACAAUUGCAGCAUUACUUAUACAGUGUGUGAUUAAACUAAAUUUGCCAUUAACUGUAAUAUGUAUAAUUCCCGAAAUAAAUCGGGAUAACAGCGGCGUCCAUCCGUUUCAAAGAGGUCCAUUUGCAUUUGGACAUGGAAGUGGACAUAUAAAUACCUGGGACUGCAGCUGGAUGAAAAACUGGACUGUCAACACAGACAGCAUCCACUGUAAAGGAAAGGGUCGUCUUUACUUCCUGAGAAGACUGGGGUCCUUUAACAUCUCUUAAUAAACUGCUGCUGAUUUUUUACCGUCUGUUUUGUCUAGUGUUCUCUUUUACGCUGUGCUUGGUUGGGGGAGCAGUGUAAGAAAGAGAGAUGCUGGGCGUUUGGACAGAUUGGUAAGGAGGGCUGGAUCUGUGCUUGGCACAGAGCUGGACUCAGGGGUCGGUGGCAGAGAGAAGGACCCUGGAGAAGACUGUCCAUCCUGGACAACACAAGACACCCUCUACUGAUCAGACAGACGAGCAUGUUCAGCAGCAGGCUGCUCUCUCUGACCUGCUCCACAAACACACACAAGAACUUUAGUCCCCCUGGCCAUCAGACUACAACUCCUCACUGGGGGGCAGGGAGGGUCAUGAUCAAACCCACACAGAUCUACAUCAGAACUGUCCCCACAUUGUGCAACAUCAUAUUUAUUUAUUUUUACUCUACAUUUAGACACUUUCAUUGAGGUGUUGCACUGUGAUGUAAUUAUGUGUUACUAACCAAGUUUUUCUGUUUGUCGUUGAUAAUAACCUGCUUUUUUGGGCA